AUGCAGUUUGGAUGUACAGCUUUGAUUGUAUGUGCAAGGAUUGGAUCAGAAGACAUCAUUGAUCUUUUACUGAAUGUCAAAGAUAUUAAUGUGAUGAAGAAGACUAAUGGUGCGGGAUGGACAGCCAUCCAUUAUGCUGCAAUGUAUAAUCACGUGACCAUUGUAGAGAGACUUGUGUCUUGUUCUGUUCCUGUUGAUAUCAAUGAUAAUGAUGAUCGUACACCACUGUGGCAUGCUGCCCGUUAUGGUCGUGUGUGUUGUGUUGAUGUUCUCCUAAAACAUGGAGCGAGUCCCCAACAUGAGAGUGAGAGUGAAGGAUCACCACUGGAGAUUGCCAAGAAAGAGGGUCACAGUGAUGUGGUUGAGAUGAUGGAAGAAGCCAUAAGAUUGAGAUCUCGUCUCUAUGUGGAGAGAGACGUGUCUAUCAUGAGACAUCAAUAUGAAGAGAAAAUUGCUGAACUGCAGAGUGAAGUGGAGAAGAUGAAAGAAGAAUUAAGACAAUCAUCCCUGGACCAUGAGAUUGAAGUGACGACUUUGAGAAACGAAAUCCAACAGAAAGAGAAGGAAAUGCGACGUCUCAGAAUGUCAGCAACUGAUAGAGUUGGUGAAGAUCAAGUGGCUUCUGAAGCUUGGUUGUUAAUGCAGCCACCAGGAGAUGUCAUGCGUACAGUCAGUGCUCUUGCCUGUGAUCAGUGGAGUGAUGUUGGACUCGAGUUAGGAUACACAAUGCCUGAACUCAACUCACUCACUUCCUCAAUUACUGCAUCUCACAGCAAGCUACACGCCAUACUGAGAACAAAAGCUGCUGCUGUCGGUACCAGCAAUGUUGUUGGUAUCAUCUUGUCUGCUUGUCAUCAGCUUUCCAUGCCAAUUUGUGCUGCUGCAAUAAGAGAUGAGGUGGUUAAACGUCAAGAGAGACUGAAAACACAGAACGGUGGACAAUAGAAUAAUUGACUUUGUCACUUUGUUGUCUGCAUGGCUGAUCAUAUGGUUUACUGUUGAUGCAGGCAAGUCAUGUGUUACAUUUGGAUGCUUUCUUAUGCUUUUGUAUUCAUGUUUAUGUUAAUACAACAAUUACAUUUAUUUUUUUACGAU